CUGGCAGCUCGGGGAAGCUAGCACGUUUCUUUCAGAGUCGGAGUGACGUUCGAGUUCCCCUUCUGCCAGCUUUCUCUCUUCAUAUUCUUCCUAACUCCAUCCAAGAACGACCAGGCACAGCGACGGCGAGAUUUGCUCCCACAGUGGUUUCUUCUUAUUAUGGCUGUUAGCAGCACCAAGACAGUGUACGAGAUUUUCCAAAGCAUGGAGUACGGGCCAGCAGCAACUUCUAGCACUGCUACUGCACAGGCCUGGCUGGAGCAUCAUUCCCGUUGUCUGGGUCUCUUCAUUGACGGUAAAUUUGUCUGUUCAGCAGACGGACGGAGGUGCUCCCUGGCUGAUUCUAAAGGAAGUAUUGUAUGCAGCACAGCAUGCGCUGAAGAAGCCGAUAUUUCCCAGUGUGCCUCCUCUGCUGUUAAUGGUUUCAAGUCCUGGAGCAGCCUGAGCUGCAACCAAAGGGCCAAAGUGCUCCUCAGGUUGGUGAGUGUCCUCGGGCAGCACGGCCAGUGUCUCUCAGAGUUAUGUGAGCUCUGUGAGGCCUCCUGCUCUACUGCUGCCCUGGUCAGGCUGCUGCAGUUCUACAGCAGCUGGGCGCAGCUCAGAGAGACACUCCUCACCGACUGGACACCUCUGGGUGUGGUGGCAGUGGUGACCUCGAAAGACUGUUCUCUCUAUUCUCUUCUACUCAAAGUCCUGCCAGCACUGGCUAUGGGCAACUCUGUGGUGGUUGUCCCCGGUCAGAGCACGGCCCCUCCAGUACUACUGUUGGCUCAGCUUUUUACAGGAGCAGGACUUCCUGCUGGGGCUCUUAAUGUGCUAACAGGAAGUGACAUAACACUGGGUGUCAAAGUACCCCAGAACCACAGCAUCAGUUACGUCAACUACAGCGGCAACAAGGAGGACGGGGUGAUGCUGUGUAAGGCCACAGCAGGGAUGGGAGUUCCUGUGUCGGUGUCACCGUGCGUAGGCUCCACCUGUCCGUUCAUCAUCUUUGAGUCGGCAGAUAUUAACAGUGCCGUGGAUGAGGUGAUGGAGGCCGCCUUCAGGAAGAAGAAAGAGGUCUUCUGGGUGUUGUGUGUGCAGGAGAGUGUGGUGGACAGUGUUGUUGCCCAUCUCAGGUUGCAAAUGGCCAAGAUGAAAUGUGUGACCCUGCCCAGUGAGGCAGACAGGGAACGGGUGGAUGCUGCCGUGCAGGAAGCUCAGCAGCUGGGAGCCACGUUGGUUCAGUCCUGUGCUGAUCCCACGUCAGGUGCCCAGUAUCCUUCCACUGUGCUCUGUGGGGUUGCCCCCUCCUCACCAUGUGUGCUUAACCCCUGUCCUGGACCACUGCUGCCCCUCAUGACCUUCAGAAGCAACACAGAAGCCGUGACUCUUGGGAACCACAGUCCUCACGGUCAGGCAGCAUCCAUCUGGACUGAAGACCUCACCCUCGCUCUGGAGACAGCUAAGAGUUUGUCAGUUGGCUCUGUGUGGGUGAAUUCCCACUCCAUCUCUGACCCCUGUCUGCCCGUCUCCGGUCACAAAGACAGCGGGACCUGCACCGAUGGAGGACAGGAGGGUCUGUACCAGUUUCUACGCCCCUCCUCUUCCUCCCCUCGUCUUCCUCGCUCCUCUCCCGUCUCCAUGGACUACACACAGUUUGGAACAGAAGCAUCCCCACCUAUCAUUCCUGAUGAGUCGGACCCUGCCAGAGCCCCUCAGUCCCACCUGCAGUUUGUUGCUGGUAAAGCAUGUAAAUCAGUGUCUGGCUGCAGUGUGGCUGUGCAGUCACCAGGUGGUAGUGGUGGUGUGUUAGCCUACUGCCCAGACGGGAGCCGGAAGGACGUUCGUAAUGCUGUGGAGGCUGCUAUCAAAGUCCAGCCAGGCUGGAUGAAAAAGAGCCCGUCUGCACGUGCCCAGUCACUCUACUCUCUGGCCAAGGGCCUUGAGGCAAAGAGGCGGGACAUAGCUGCAGCAAUCAACACCCAGACCGGCCUGUCAAUGGAUGAGGCUGAGAAGGAGGUGGAGCUCAGCAUUACCAGGCUCAGCGUUUGGGCCGCUUACUGUGACAAAGUCCAGGGAGGAUCACUGCCCAUGCCAAACUCUGGCUCCGCUCUCUCCAUCCCUGAGGCCCUGGGAGUCAUGGGGGUCGUCCUACCUGACAAAAAUCCCCUCCUCUCCAUGGUAACCGUGCUUGGGGCAACUAUUGCCACAGGCAAUGCUGUUAUUAUGGUCCCCAGUCAAAAGUAUCCACUGCCUGCCUUGGCAUUCAUUAAGGUGCUCCAGUCCUCGGACUUGCCAGCAGGUCUGGUAAACGUUAUUACAGGAAGUCGAGACCAGCUGACUGUGGCUCUGGCUAAUCACAGUGUCAUCAAGGCCAUCUGGUACUGGGGCAGUGCUGAGGGCUGCCAGUACCUCCAGUACACCUGCACUAGUCCGCUAAAAACCCUGCGCCUGUGUAAGGACCAGGAAGGGAAAGAUGGGGAGCUAGACUGGACUCAGUGCCAUCCGUCAUUCCUGGAAGAAAUGUGGAGAAGCGCUGUGCAGUGGAAGAGUGUAUGGAUUCCUACAGCUUAAAACAGAACGGCAGGAAGAAGGAAAAGAGUUACAGUUUUGAUAUCAUCAUGGAGCAUUUGACUGUGACCUGAAAAAUCAGAAAUCAUCACAGGUCCGACAGCGACAGAAUGGGAGGAGGGAUUUUAAAGCAAAAAAACAUUAGAUGUUAAAUUAAAUUUUGAGAUUAUAUUAGAAAUGGGUGACAUAAAGCACUUAAUAGACAGACGAGGGAUUCAAUGCAGGUCACAUGUUAACAGUGUUGCUAAUAUAUAAACUGAUUUUUGUCGCCAACAUGGUUUAAAAAUGAUAAUAAAAUGCAAAAUGUGGCGAUAGAUAUUCACUGUGAUUAAGACGAAAAGUUUUUUCCCUUUUUAACUUUAACACAGAAGUACGUCCAUGUGACAGUAAAUGUAGAGACCGUAAAAACAUUUCAUGCAUCUUUACUAUUUUCAUUUAAAUGUAUGUUGGUUUACUGAAGAUUAUCGAGCAUAGCAUUAGCUACCCGUCAGAAUAAUCAAUUCAUUAUUGAGUUUGUCAUUUUGGUUUUUAAAUAAAUAUAAAAAUAGAGAAAAUCCCACAAUGCUAGCCAAAGUAACAUCCAUUAGAACUACUGCAACAUUUUGCUUGUUUAGUCAAAACAAUCAAUAAACCUGAAGGAUAAAUUGAAGGUUUAUUAACAAUAGCUGCUCUUUAGUAAUGUUGGAUUCUUUUUUUAGUCAUAACAUGCUAUUAUGAUAAUAACGCUGCUGAUUUUCUACCUCUGUUAUGCGUAUUUUAAUUAACCCCCACAUGUCUGAUUGGUGUUUUGUACACAUCCAUACUUUAUUAUGCAGAUAAAAUAAGAGGUCAGGUAUCACAAGUUAUUUCAAAGUAGGUCAUGUUCACAUUUCUUUCCACGUUAACGAAUAAUCCGCGUGAACUGUGACAAACCUCAGGAGAACUUUGGCUCAGAUUAUUGCGCCGGUGUUGCAGGGUCAGUGGAUAUUAAAUAGAUAAAGUUGUGUGUUAUGAGCUUGAGUGUGUUCUGUGGGAGCCGUUCCACUUCCUGCUCAGAAAUUAAGACAGACAGAAAUUAGGUGCAAUUCAGAAAAGGUCACAGCAGGGGGCGCUCACAAGGUAGAUCUCAGUGAUUAGGAGUGAAUACAGAUAAACAUGAACAAUAUAUAUAUUUUUUAUUUUGUUUUUAACAAUACAGCAACACUUAUGUACUAAAGUUUUUCUUAGAGAAAAGCCAAAAAAAUACUUCCAAUCUGGUGAUGUAUGCUGAGUGGUCCUCGAAAAAACCCUCCCUUUGUGGCACCUGUUUCGAAACAGCAACUAAAACACACAUUAGAUGUGCAGUUUAACCACAACAGAACCUUACAUGUAUGUAUAGGAAGCAGCAGGUAUCAGAGGGGUAUACUACGGUUUCAACACAGCUAGCCUUUGUCAAGCCAGCGAACACAAACAAAACCUAAAAGCCCAGUUGGAGAUAACAGGAACCUCGACGCUGGUUAUCAGCUUUCUCCUGUAGUAGCUGCAAAUCCAGCUACGUGAAUAAGAUUAGGCAGCAGAUUUGAAUGAAGUAUAAAAAAAUUUGUUCAUUUUUUUGCAGUUUGAACUUCUGUAGCUUUACAGCUGGCCUUCAUUCAGUCGGUUUAAUAAAGUCUGGCUUAACAAUUGGCACAUAUCAUGCAGUUAAUCUGUAUUGUACUUAAAACAUGCUGUAAAGAAAGGAUCCAGAGAAAAUGUUUUACUUCAGGAUCAUUCUAAACCAAAGCACCAUGUUGUCUUCAGCAUAGGUUACCAUGGUGAUUUAGUAGAAAGAGAGCAACUUUUGUGACACAGAAAACUCUGACUUUAAGCUCAACAUAGCUGACUAAGGAUUUAAUCUAGCUUCGUAGCACACCACUCGGGUGGCUCCUGCACACUUCAUGCCUGUAAAUGUUCUGUGGAGCUAUGAUGUUUUUUUUUACUUAGAGGGUUUACUACAAAUCAAAUGUGCAGAGCCCUUCUACUUAAAAUAUAAUGAUAUUUUCCAAAGAAAAGUGUCUACCCAAAAUUUAAAUUUUUGGACUGCAUCUGGAGUGCCAGGUAUUAAAAAAAAACAAAAACUGAACUCCAGAGAGUGUCAGUGUUUGGUAAAACUGCUUUAUUCUCAAGCUAGCUGCCAGAACUACUCAAGCAGCUACAGUUUGUGUGAUUUGCCCCGGUGUCAGAAUAUCAAGCAUUUAGCUGAAGUUUGCACUCCUGGAGCUUCUAAAGAAUUAUGGUCUGCAUCUUGGUGCUAAUUAUGCUGUUCGCAUCUGAGCAAUCAAAUCACACCAAAGGGAGUCCAGUUUAACUGGACUGAAAAGAGUCCAGUUGGGGGGGAAAUAUCUCAGUUGGGGGGGAACUAUGCAUACUUUGCAACUUGAAGCCGUGUCAGCCUUACAGAUCUGUCAGUGACUCAGCAAAAAACCCCAAAAAGCAACAGUUAUCCAGUACAUGGAUCCAACUACACAAACUUCCUGUGUCAUGUGUCUUUUGCUGUACAUUAAUACUGUAAUUUGUAGCCAUGAAAGGUCAAAUCUGACUCUGUAGUGCAAAAACAUUCCAAGUGACAUUUCAUUUGUUUCCAAAUUCACAUUGUGAAAUAAAACCAAUAAACAAACAAAUGUCAAGUGUUUCUGUUUAAAAACUAAUAUUUAAAGAAAAAGAUUGUCUGGAAAUGUAUAUUUAUUUUUUCAGUUUCUUUUUCCCAUGACUCACAAAUACAUUAGCUUUUAUAGCUUUUAAUGUUUUUCUCUUGAAAGUUAUAUUUCUACAAUUGUCUGUGCUAUUGCAGAAUUCUUCUGUAGAUUUCAAUUUAGGAUUCUUUGAAAGCUAUUUUUCUCUGCUACACGUAUUGCAUCAUUUAACACUUCUUAAAUGAAUAAAUCCGGACUAGUGAUUUGAUAAGUGUCUCUUAAAUUAUUUUAUGCAUAGCAUAGGUUAAAGAAAUAUAAAUGUACUUCCCUGCAUUAUUUAUUUUUUAUAAGAAAACAGCAACCCCGCCACUGCACAUUGUAAACAUCAUAUGAUAUACUGGCUCAUAUGUUUGAUUGUGGCACUGUGACUGUGAUCCUGGUUCUACUGGAGGUCUCUUCCUGUUAAAAGGGAGUUCUUUCUUUCCACUGUAUCCAAGUGCUUACCCAUAGUCUGAUUGUUAGAGUUUUCUCUCUUAUUGUAGUGUUUUUCCUUUAUAAAAGUGCCUCGAGGCAACCGUUGUGAGUUGGUGAUAUACACUCAACCCCCUUUUGUCUCCAGAACAUCUUUACUUCUUCAUGGCAUAGAUUGAACAAGGUGCAGGAAACAAGCCUCAGACAUUUUGGCCCAUGUGACAUGAUAGGUUUGUCAGCUGCACAUCCAUGAUGCUAGUCUCCCAUUCCUCCAUAUCCUAAAGGUGCUCUACUGGAUUGAU